AUGGAGAUCCUCAAUGCAGUGGUUCUGCUGAUUAUAUUGAGCGCCUUGACAGAGCCUGGCCAGUACCAUUUAGCAGGUUCUGAGUUAAGCAAUGACUUUGAAUUUAUGGAUGAUGCCAAUAUGUGCAUUGCAACUGCAGUCUCUCUUCUCAUGAUUCUCAUUUGUGCAAUGGCCACCUAUGGUGCAUAUAAGCAACAUGCAGCCUGGAUCAUCCCUUUCUUCUGUUACCAAAUCUUUGAUUUUGCACUCAACACUUUAGUUGCUAUCAGCAUACUUGUUUAUCCAAACACGGUUCGGGAUUAUCUGCAGCAACUGCCUGCAAACUUCCCCUACAAGGAAGAGAUUAUGUCAAUGAAUUCAACCUGCCUAAUUGUCAUUCUUCUUCUUUGUUUAAGUAUCACAUUGGCUUUCAAGGCCUAUUUGAUCAGUUGUGUAUGGAACUGUUAUCGCUACAUUAAUAACAGAAACAACUCCGAUGUCCUGGUCUAUAUUACUACUAAUGACACAGCGGUGCUGUUGCCAUCAUAUGAUGACCCUGGAAAUGGCCCGGGCAAAGAUCCUCCUCCUCCUCCUUAUGUGUCUGCCUAAGUGUGAAGUGCACCGAAAGAACCAAUCAUAUUACUUUUCAGAACAUCCAAGCAAUAGAUCCUUUCACUUUCAAGAUGGACGUGCAAGAUCCCAGAUUUAUUUAUAGAUUAUUUUAAAAAUGUGUUUUGUGUUUUUUUCUUUUGCCUAAAACAUCACUGAACUGGCUUGGUUUAACAAAGUUUACUAUAAUCGCACUGUAGGUUUUUUCUUCAUGUAACCUGUAUUUUUAGUCCCACCCUACCUGUGUGUGGAAGUUUUGCUAGUUUAAAUUGCAGAAUUUCCAAAUCAGUAGGAAGAAUCAUGUCUCAACUUACAUCUCUCAGCUGCAUUUAGAUUUACCCUUCCAUUAAUCCAGAGGCAGGCAAACUGUAGUCACAUCACCCUCCCCACCAGCAGCUUAUAUCACACUGUUGACGUUUGGAGGCAAAAUGACCAAAUUUCAGAGGAAUUUCAGGCUGUAGGGUGGAUCAAGGGCAGAGAAAAACAUUAUUUAUCUCCCUCCCCCACAAAUAGGGACAUAUGUUCCUUUUCCUACUCUAACCCCCCCAACUUAAAAAAAAUAGAACAACAUUAUGGCCCUGCUAUUCCAGAAAUCAUAGGUCAUUAAGAGGGAUCCCAUGGUUCUUCAGGCAGCCAUGUCGCAUUCUUAAAUAUUGUUCAUCCAUGUGUAAACUGAAUGGCUCUUUCUGUUCAUAGAAUGGACAGGCUCAGACUCCCUUUUGGGGAACAAAAAAGUGUCUCUUUUUUUUUCUGAAAUAACUUUAUUAGGUUUUUUUAAAAUAAUGAGAUAAAAACAAGAACU